AUGGCUGCAGUAAAAAUAAAAUCAUUAAUCAAAGCUCGCGGAGUUAAUAAAGCAAACAUAUCACGUUUAAUUAAGCAUAUUCAGGAACACGCAUUGAUCAGUAGCGAUGCAUUAGAAACGCGUAAGCAAAAAUUAGAAGAGUAUUAUCAAGCAUUUACCAACAUACAAUUCGAAAUUGAAGAGCUUGCCGAAGAAGCUAAAUUAGAAGCAGAUCAGGAUCUUGAACGAGAACAGUUUGAUGAAAUAUAUUUUGAAUGUUCGGAUUUAAUAAGCCAACGAAUUCGAGAACUAGAUCCUAUUGGUAGUACAUCAGCGACUACCAGCACUCAGGCGACCGCGAACGCGAACGCGAAUAAUUCAAAAGUCAUUGUCCAACAAAAUACGUUAUUACCUAAGAUUGAAAUUCGUCCAUUUGAUGGUAAUCCUAUCGAAUGGCACAGUUUUCAUGACACAUUUCAGUCACUUGUUCAUAAUGAUACUCAGAUUCCUGCAGUACAGAAAUUUUAUUUACUGAAAAAUUCACUUCGUGGUAGUGUAGCUACAAUAAUCGAUCCAUUAAACGCGUCUGAAGAAAACUAUUUUGUAGCUUGGGAAAUGUUAAAACAACGAUGCGAUAAACCACGGCAAAUCAUACAAACACACAUCAAAAUGUUACUAGAAUUGACAGAAAUAAAUAAAGAUUCACCGAUUAGUUUGCGAACGUUAAAAGAAAAAGCGUUGAUGCAUGUUAAUGCAUUGAAGGCCCUUCAGGUACCGGUAGAUAGUUGGGAUGCAAUCUUAGUGUAUAUCAUAAUUCAGAAACUCGAUAAAGCAACGCGACGAACUUGGGAACGUACUCUUGAAAAUAAUCAGAUGCCAAAAUUUACCGAAUUAAUUGCGUUUUUAAAUAAACAAGAACGGGGUGAUGAUAUCGAGGAAU